AAAAACCCACCCCCGAGUCGAUUGACCGCGUCUCCCACCCCCGUCUGGAUCCGCCGCCUCGCCGCCGCCGGCCGGCAUCCUCCUCCACGCCAUCCUCCGCCGAGCCGUGCCGCCGUCCUCCCCGCACCCCGGCAUGCCUGCCUCCUCUCCGCCGCGCCCUACUCCUCGCGCCGUCCGAGCCCCCCGCACGCGGUUCGCCGAUGACGAGGCCCAGGUCGCCGCGCUCCGGGCCCGCGCCGGCCGGCUCGAGGGCGCGCCGCCCACCACGACGAGGAGACAAGGAGGCGAGGGAGAGAAGAAGGGACAAAGGAAGAGCGGUGCGGCGACCUAGGCCAGAGCUCGCCGGAGCCGGGCGAUGGCGGACGGGCGCGGGAGACGGAGGGAUCCCGUGCGGGGGCGCGAAGUCCUUGCUGUUUCCGACGACCACUGCUGCGUGGCCGCGGGAGGACAGCGCCCGCCGUCGCGCCGGAGCUGCCCAGGAGCAACCAUGGAUGCUCCGCAUUCAAGGUGUACAAGCCCGAUUUGGAGUGGUUCCCUCGCAAGCCCCUGCUAUUCCCCACCUCUCGCGACGUUCUGCAUCUAGAUUGUUUUCUUCAGUGGCAGGACCGCAGGAAGGUUUCCAAGGAGGACUAGGAUCUGGCUGUGCUCCACAACCAUCACAACCAAGCCGAGGAGCGCCAGAGAUCACAACUUGAAAUUUUUAACUGCAAUAUUUGUUGGUCAGUGUCCUCCUCUGAAAUUGUUCGUAAGGUAAUGCUUUAUUCUGUAUAGCAUCCUUGGAAGAUUGUGUGGUGUGAUGCUUUAUUUAUAAAGCGGGGCGUACAGCCCUUUUCGUUAUUCUGUAUAGCAAAGAGAAAGAGCCUCAGUUUGGUAUAGCAAUGGGGUGAUCCUUCGUUGGAAGAAACAUUGGUGUGAAACAGAUAGACUUACUGUCUUUUUAUACUAGCAUAGUGUUGGUUGUUAAUUUUAAGUGUAUCAUCAGUUUUUUCAGCCAGUGAAGUUAUGCUCACGACAUGGAGAACUUCAAGGACAACCUGCCUGAACAGUUUCUACCUGAUUAGUGAACUAGGCCAUUUACUAUACAAAUAGUUAUUUUGUUGCAAGUUACGCCCGUUGCUUCUAAAUACUGCACUUUUGGUUGCAUUUUGCAACUAAGAAUGACACAAGCAAACACUAAAACAUUCGAGCAAUGCCCAAGGUUAGUACAGGAAGCAUAGUAGUUUGCUUUAGUAGAAAUUAUAUUCCUUUUUUCCACUACUGUGAACAUGGACGUGAGUAGGUAAUUGCUCCUAAAAAGAAACCUAAUUAAUGUAUUGUUGAACCUAAUUUUGAGAUGAUUUUUAUUCUACCAUUGUACAGUGCACAUCAGCAUCGUCUAAAUACAUAUGUCUGUGGGGUUUUCUUUUUGGUGGCAAAUUGAUUCUUGCAAUCAUAGCGGAAAGGCCAGCAGUAAGGCACUUUACACUGAUGAAAUUUGCAUAAGUAUUCCUCUUUGUGAUAAGAUUUCACCAAAAGUUUCAACAUUAAGAUGUUUACUUAGUUAAAUCCUGAACUGAGGCACCCACCCAUACAUGUAUAAGCUCCAAAAAAUAAAACAAUCUGCAAAGAAUUUUUCAGCUUUCGGGCUAUUAGUGUUAGACAUUUUCAUAAGAAAUGAUGAUGUUAGUAUCAAUUGAAUUAAUUUGACCUUACACGCAGUGCAGGUACUAUUAAAUCUGUAGUUGUAAUUUAUUCACCUGUAACUUGAUUUUUUUUUCACUUCUCUUUUUAUAAAUUCAUGUAGUCGGCUGUAAUAAUCAUAUUUUUUUUCUUUUGAGAGAGAAAUUGUGUGUCUGCUCUGGUUUCAGUUUUAACGUCAGCUCGUUACAAUCUGUAACUAACUUAUAGACUACUUCAUCCGGAUGGGUUUGCAACUUUGUGUACAGACUGCUUCAACACUUCUAUUUUCUAUAUGACUUGGAUUAAUAAUCUCCAACAAUAUGGUCAUGCUUCUUAUAUUUACUUUCAGUUCUAAAUACAUUUGUGCUUUUCUCUAUGUUGUGCUACUAAACUAUGUGUGCUAAACUAAACAUAAAAAUAUGAUGGGGUGGUGGUUUCAGCCACAGAAAGAAUUGAUUUGGAGAACAAAGGGAAUUUUCGGCGGACGAAGAACUCGCUUGAGAUGCUCAAGUGAUGAUUUUAUAUAGCGUUUUAUCUAAACCUGGGUUCCUUCUUUCAGACUGGGCGGUGCCAUAUGAUGUGAAGCCGGUGUAAUAACUUUUUCAUUUGGCAUUGGUGGUGAGGUGGCAACCUUUUAGACAAUUUGGCACCUGUAACACAGUGGAAGACCUCAUACGAGAUGGUUGCCUUCUUGGUAGUUGUUGCGGCUUCUGAAUUAAGUGUACCACCAUGUUUAAGACGCCAUGAUCAGAAGUUGUGGUGGGUGUAACCGAUUGACUCUUAUUACAUGACUAUUUCUAAGAUUGAUUCUUAUUGGGUUA